UUUUACUCUAGUUUCAUCAAGAGUGUUUGUGUGCGUGUGAUUAGAAAUAGUAAAUCUAAUCGUGAAUAUAAUAUCCUUCUAAUAUUUGAAUUAUUCAACUUAUUAGUGAAGUAAUUUACUUACUUCAAUUACUUAUUAUAUUCUUCUAAGUUUAGAAGUUUUUAACCUACAAUAAACCUAGUUUAUUCUUUAUUAUGUUUUGAACGUCGCGCUUUGUUCUUUGUAAAAAAAAGAACUAAAAAGACCGCAAGUUGAGAACCUACAUUUUGCAAAUCUACAAUUUCUUCGUUGUGAAUAGAACAUUUCAAUUUUGAUUUUGAUUACUUGUGAUUGAGAUUAAGCGUUGAGUUUUUCUACUGCGAGAGGAAAGUUUUGUGAUCAUUUGUGUUGUCAAUAUAAAGACAACAUGGAAGCAGCUCAGAGUACAGAUCCGUUUAUGAGUUAUUGGCAACUAAAGAAGAAGGGUAUGGUCUUUAAGCCUGAAUCGAAAGUGAUAUGCAUAGUCCACCACCCGGAUCUGCCGAAGCUCACGUUGAACCUGAAUCCAGAAAGUCAGCUGCACACUUUGUUCGAAGAAAUCGCUAGCAAGUACGAACAUGACGUCGACUCUUUCGAUUUAAUUCUGCAAAAGAAUAAUACGAUCCUGAACGACAAGAUGAGCGGCUCACUGGAGGAACUGGGCUUUGAAGUGGAUCCAGAUGCGCGCAACAGCGUGCUCCUCACUAUGCGCAAAUCAUGUUCGUCAAGAACCGCCUCCGCCUCCGCCGCCGCCUCUGACUGUCACAUAGCGCCGCCUCCGCUGCCUCCGCCCAUCAUCCACUCUCAACAGCCACCCCCACCGCCCCACUUCACCUACAACUCCAUCAUCAAGCACGACACCGGUCAGUCAAUAGCAUACGUGGGGCUGGUGAACCAAGCAAUGACAUGUUACCUCAACAGUCUGAUACAAGCGCUGUACAUGACUCCUGAAUUCAGGAACGCGCUCUACACGUGGAAACAUGACCCCAAAGACAAAUCAGCUGCUAUUCAGCUGCCUGUGGAGUUACAGAAGCUGUUUCUUAAUCUUCAGACAUCGAAGCGGAACGCGGUGGAGACGACUGAGUUGACGCGGAGCUUCGGCUGGGAGACGAGUGACGUGUGGCAGCAGCAUGACAUCCAGGAGUUGUGUCGCGUCAUGUUCGACGCCCUCGAACAAGUGCUCAAGAACACCGAGCAUGCCGAUCUCAUCAAUCGACUCUAUCAAGGUAAAAUGAUAGACUACGUCAAGUGCCUGGAGUGUGGAAGAGAGAAAACUAGAGACGAUACAUUUCUUGAUAUUCCUCUGCCAUUGAGACCGUUCGGAAGUACAGUCGCGUAUGGAAGUGUGGAAGAAGCAAUGAGAGCGUUUGUUCAGCCAGAAACACUGGAUGGUAACAACCAAUAUCACUGUGAAAGCUGCCAGAAGAAAUGUGACGCUCACAAAGGCCUUAAGUUCUCGAAAUUCCCCUACUUACUGACGCUCCAUCUCAAGAGAUUUGACUUCGAUUACACUACUAUGCAUAGGAUAAAGCUCAAUGAUAAAGUGAUAUUUCCGGACACGUUGGACCUGAACAGCUUCAUAGCGGCGGAGAAGGAGAAGGAGAGGGAGAGAGAGAAAGAGGGUGAGGAGGGGCUGGGGGACGAGGAGGUAGGGGGUGCGGGGGGUCGCAACGAUGACAGCAGUACGACUGACAGUGGCGAGGCGCUUGAUGAUGAGAUGGGUGGUUCAGCCCAGGGUGCCCUUGCAAACGCCGCCGACAACGAAGACGAUGAGGGAAUCGACGUGAGUGGAGGGCAGAACGAGAACAACGAGAAGAACACAAGACACCAUGGCGGCGGAGGCGGUGGUGGGAAGGGUGGAGGGGGUGGUCCAUACAUCUACGAGUUGUUCUCGAUAAUGAUCCACUCGGGCAGUGCGUCGGGCGGCCACUACUACGCCUACAUCAAGGACUUCGCCAACGGCCUCUGGUUCUGCUUCAACGACCAAAAUGUCACACGGAUAACCCAAGAAGAUAUAACAAAAACGUAUGGUGGUGGAUUUCAGAGACAGUACUACUCAGCGACGUACAGUUCCAGCACCAAUGCUUAUAUGCUAAUGUACAGACAAAUCGAUAAGGAUCGCAAUUGUGAUGCCAUCGCUGUAGAUAACUUCCCUCCACACAUCAAGCAAUUAUACAGAGAAAUGCAAGAGAAAGAGGAGAAUGACAGGAAAUUGAAAGAAAAAGAAUCGGAGGUGUGUAGACUGAAGAUUCACUGUCUGCAUCCUGAGAGCAAAAAAGACGCCAGGAUCCAUGUACGUCACGACAGGCCUCUCGAAGAAGUUACAGAAUUAGCUUGGAAGCAAAUGGGCUUAGAGAAUGUGGUGCCGCUGGAGCAGUGUCGACUGGUGACGUAUGACCCGAUUCAGGAGGUGAUCGAGGAGAGCUACGAGGGCCACGAGUCUGACACCAUCAGCAGCAUCCUCGCCCAGCGCAAGCACAUCAACCGACCCGACUUCCUGCUCGAAGUCCGGCGAGAGAAUGCCAACUUCCAACACUACCAGCUCGGAGACGUGUCGCUGCAGGCACAAGUGGUGCAUUUGGACACGGAGGAAAUAGACAGUGCAAUUAUGGUGCGAGGUGACUCGCUCAAAACCAUCGGCGAACUCAAAGAGAGUGUGGUGCGCAUAUUGCAUCUGACGUCACCCGCCUCCCAAAUCACCAUUGCCAUGGAAACGGGCCAUUGUCAUGGCAGCUGCUUCAAGUCCAUCAAGGAUACCGACUCCAAAUGCUCAACAUUAUCACAAUACACCUCUCAGAUAAUGUAUGUGUGCGACGGUCACUGUGAUGAGGAUCCGGAAAAGCAAUUUAGUCAAUCGAAAAUGCACAAAAUAAUUCAGCAAUACAUCAAUUCUAUAUUCAUACAUGUCUCUCUCCCUGAUACCGAUCCAGAAACAUUGGAACGAUUAGCGAUACCGCCAUUGAAUUCAGUGGGGCACGAUUCUAGAUCAUCUUCUACUGAAAAACUCAACGAAAUAUCCGAAAAUGAUAAAGUAGUAAAUAACGUGUCAGAGAGUGGUAGCAGUCCGAGAGGCGGUCUGUCGCUGCCGCUGGCGAGUGCCGCCUCCAACUACACAUCGGGGACGGGGAUGGGGGCGGCUGUCGACAUGGAAGAGGCGGCAGCUGGGGGCGGCGACCAGAGCACCAGCGAGGACAGCAGUCUCACCGACAGUGAUAGAACUCUCAUCGGUGACGAUAAAGAAGAAUAUCCUAUGUAUAAUCCGAAUGAUCUGAGCACUGAUAAACUAAUACAGUUGGGUGGCAAUGAUAGUGAGGAUUACAAAAUUUCAACACCCUACCACGAAUCUACUACUAACUCUAAAGAAGAUGGCGAUAAAUGGUUUGAGGCUGAUAUGGAAAAUGCAUCCGCUAAUGGUGAAGAAUCAAAAUCCACCGGAAGUCAGUACAACUACUUCAGGGCGACACCUUAUUCCAAAGUUCUCAAACCAAAUCAGAAACUUUUGAAGGUGCACGUUGACAAGCGUAUGACGGUGGGCAAACUGAAGCAGUGCCUGGAGUCGUACGUGGGCGUGGCAGCCAAGUACUUUAAGAUGACGGUGAGCAGUGGGGGUGCAGGGGGCAGCCAGGAUGUGGAGUGCUCGCGUCUCACCGACACACUGGCCACCUUCAAGGACCUCGACAAGGUCGACAUCAAGCUGGAGCGAGUGCUGCGCGGUGGCGAGCACACUGUCAAACUUUUCCACCUAGUUCUCGAUUCGUCACAGCCGUUCAAGUUCCUAUGUGAUUGGGUUAUAGUCAAAGGUCAGACUGUUGGAAAAACGAAACAAGACAUUCUCAACGAAUUAAGUAGAAAUAAAAAGUUCAACAUGAAGAUACCCUAUAACAAAUGUAGAUUACGGAAGAAGAAUUGGCGCAAUCCAACCAAGGCCUGCCUGGACGAGCAGGUGUGGGAGGAAGACGUAAUGCUCACCUCGAACCCCGAACUGCUCAUUCAGGAGCUGCCCGAAACCGAAAUAGUUACAUCACCUUCACAACUACUUGUUUUCCUGCGACGGUGGUAUCCCUCCAAACUGCAGCUUGCAUCGCUUCAGGAGAUCGCUGUCGAGCGAGAAGACAGUCUACAGGGCCUCAAAUCAAAGAUCUCAGAAGUGAGCGGUAUUGCAGUUGAGUUUGUGGAGGUGUGCAAGUCGACGGUGGGCUUCCCGAGCGAUGUGUCGGUGCUGACGGUGCAGGACAUGGAGUGGAACCGGCAGGCCGACACCUGCGAAGGCUGGCCACUCAGCAUCGACGACGGGUCUGUGCUCUUCUAUAGGGAUAAUCGGGAACAACUGAAAACGCUGACCAACGAAGAGAGGAAGGAGCUGACGAACAAGGAGAACGCACGGCUCGGCUCCACGUGUCAUUUCUCCUCGCCGCGCAAAGAGCGCCCGCUCAAAAUAUACUUUGACGGCUCGCGCUCUGCCAACUCCAACCCAACUACCUCCUCCUCCUCCUCCACCUCAAAUGCCGACUGUUCUGUCUGAUCGAGCCCAAGCCUAACUACAAUCGCCUCUUUUCAUACUUGCAUUUUUUAAACUUCUCUCGAGUUAAUAAUCGAUUGUUAAAAUGGUUCUAGGAGUUAUGUCUCUGCUAUGGCUUUGAAGCACAGAGACUAAUAUAGGUACAACCGUGUCUUUUCUUACUUGAAUUAAUCUUAUCUCGAGUUAAGUAAUCGAAUCUAGGAGAUGGUCUCUGCUAUGGCUUGUGAAGCACUGUUUUGACAAAUAUCUAGGUACGACUUGUAUACGCGUAUAUUGCAUGUGAUUUUGCGCUCAUUUUUCAAUCAUCCUCCAUUCUCACACUUAUACGCGAAAAAUAACAACUACUUAGUGGAAUCAAUACAUAAUAUAUUGUUAAAAAAUGUAUUUGAAACUACAAAAAUAUUACAUAUGUGCAUUUCAUGUCUAAGAAUGUACUUUUUUAAGCCAAUCGUUUUAACUCGACUGGCUAAUUUAUGUUACUAAUUGUGUUUUUGUUAUAAUUUAUUUCAUUAUACAAUAAUACCCUUUAAACAUAACUAUUGUUGUGUUAUCAUUAUUUAAAGCUACUUAUUUAUGUGAUGCAUGCAUCACAUAUGGAUUUCUUUUUAGAUUUAUUCGUUUAUUGAAGACAAGUACAGAACUUGAAUCUCAAUUAGAUUUAUCAAUUGAAAUAUCAUUUUAAGUUAACAAAAAAUAUUCUUCAAUGGACUUUAAUUGGAACUGGUUGUUUAAAUUAGCAUUUAAAUGUAUAUUCCAGAUCUCAAUUAUUCAAUUUUAGCCAGAUGUAUUUAAUCCUGCCCUUUCAUGCGAUCUUCUAAGAAAUUUAGGUUAAAUUUUUCAUGAAAAUGCAAUCAAUAGAGGACUAGAGGACUUCCUUACCUCAUCUGUGAAUUGUAAAAUUGUCAAAUGUGCUAGAAUCACAUGCUUUGCUAAUGUGUUGUUUACUUAUGGCUUUGUCAUGAAUAUAUAUGUGAAUACGGAUGAUGUAUAAAUGGAUAAUGACACAUAAUUCUACCAAAGAUUCAAUUGUUUAGAUAAUAAAUUGAAAUUGGUUGAAGAGUUUUUCUGCCAACACUAUGUGAUCAGAUAUUUAUCUUGCGAGAUGGCAAUUGAAAAAUCUAAUAUAUAUAUGUAAUUUAUUGUAUGAUAUAAUAUUAUUAUUAUUGUAAUACUGUAUAAACUUAUCAAUAUCAUCUGCUCUGAAAAUUGUAAUAAUGUGUCAUUAUUUUUUUCGGAACUAAAAUAAUGAGAAUAAAAACAAUUUUGGAUGCUUCCAAUCCGCAAAACUCUCUAAGAUUGAGUGGUUAUAAAUUAUGGCGGAAAGACAUUAGGACAAUUUGCUAUCGGAAUUCUUGUGGCUUCAAGUAAGAAUUUUGAACAAAAGUUGUGUAUGCAUUUCUACAAAGCAAUUUCGACUCAUUAGUAUGCCAAUGUUAGAUCAUUUUAUUUCUAAGAAAAACCAAGUUGGUGAAUUAUACAUUUAUUUGAAAUUUCAAUGAUAGCUUUGCUUGGUGAUUAAAAAUUGAUAAAGUGAUAAAGGAAUAAUUCUUCCGGGAUUAUUAGAAUAAAUUAUUAUACAAAAUCCUUGUUACCUUGUUAAUAUUUUGUUUUUAUGUAGAAUACUGAUACUUAUUGACUGUCAUCAAAUCAUUUCAGUGCUGACGUUAUCUCAGCGUUACAUUGCGCUUACUUUUCUAAUUGGAUAAAUUUAGAACUAGUGUUUUGGUUAAUGUGCAGUAUUAUUCCAUACCGUAUAAUGGAUCGAUUUUUGUGCCUAAGACUAGUCAAUAUUACGGAAUAGGUACUAUCAACAUCAACUCAUUGUUCCACGAUCUUCAUUCGAAUGUAACUCAAUGUGAAAAUUUAUACUAGCCGAUGCCAUCGAUUAUAAAACUAUUGCUACUAUUAUUUCACAAUUUUCAGGCUCUCUGAUUUUUUUAUUAAUGCGUGUUUUAAGUAAAUGAAUUUCAACUUGAACUUGAACUAUAAACUGGAUUUUUAAAUUGAUUAAUUUAAAUUGUAAUUAAAAUCCAUAUUUGUAAUUUAAACUUCAUAUUUUUUGGAACCAUUUCUGGUAGUGAAAAUUGGGAUUAAUUAUUGCUAACAUUGCAUUUAUCAUGAGAGGUUUAAGAAUCAUAUUAUCAACUUUACAAAAUACAUAAAAAAGAUAAACUAGCCUCUGUUAUAUAAACUUUUAAUUGAUUUAUUCUUACUUUUUAUGUUGAACCCCAUGAUUAAUAUUAGAAUGCUGUAGGGACAAUCUGUUUUUUAGCAGCAGUCUGCUAAAAAAACUCAGUUUCACUCAAUGUCAGAAAUUUCAUUUUGCAUAUUUUAUUAUAUUCCUUAUACAUUUUUUUCUUUCACUCAAAUUUGCUCUUGUUUAGAACUACCUUUAAAUAAUGUUUUACAAUUAUCAUUUGGCAAUUAUCCUCAGGUGCUUGUAAUGUAAGUUAAGUGCUGGUCUUUGUAAAUUAAGCUUAAUGUAUAAUAUUUUAUCAAUCUGGUCUUGAUAAAUUCAAAUAGGUGGCAUGGUAACUACCAAAAACUGUAAUAAGUCUAUAAUACAGUAAGAUAUAGUAUAAAUUUUUCAAGUCAAGUUAUUGUCUAUUGAUUUAGAAUCUAAUACAACCAAAAUUUGUGCAACUGGUUUUUACCAAGUGUUUCUGAGCCACAUUUUUCUAUCAUGAAAAACAGAAAUGGUCCCAGCAGCAUUCCAAAUAAUUAGUAUAAAUAUUGUGUUAAAAACAAAUUUUCUUCUAAACUUUCAGAUAUAUCAGGGUAUUUUUGGAUCAAAAAAUCUCAACCUUUAUAUUUUAAAUAAACUAUGAUUCGAAAGGUUUUAUGAAAUGGCUUGAAAUGAUUCUUUUGAAAAAAACACAAUUUAUUACCUGUUUGUUACUUUAUUGUUUGGUUUAGAGAAUACGGAAAUUGUGCAGUUAUAGGUUAGUGAUAAACCUUCAAAUUUAUUUAUUGCUAUUAUUUAUUUCAUCUGUGUACGGUAAUUAAAAUCCUUCGUCUGAAGAUUUGUAAGAAUUGAAAUAUUUUCUCAUUGAAAAAUGUUUGUCAUUAAAAUUGAAAAUCGUGAAAAAAA